AUGGCUGGAACGAUAUCGAUCGUAGAUAUCUGUAAGUCACUGCUGAAAGAAGACCCUCUGUCUAGGAUCCAACGCGAGAUCAUAGAGGUGACAGAGAGAGAAAGAGAAUUCAAAGAGGGACAUUUUCGAAUGAACAGACUAAUGUCGGAGUCCACCAUCGACGUUAACCAUCAGAACGGCCAUGUGAAUGGCGAUGCGGAAGUCAAGCCGCAGAAGAGCCUCAAUAGAGCCGUUUCUACCUCACACCUGCUGGGUCCAAUUGCACCUUCGCCUCCUGUUACUCCCGCACUCCUCAACACAAAUGGAUACACGAGGCGGUUUACUCCUCAAACGGGAACAAAAGGUAUUAUGCAGCGAUUCAUCGCAAACAAGGGUAAGCUACCAACCCCCACAGGAGGACAAAUUCCUACAACCCCUAUAACGCCAAUCGUGCCACCUCUCGUGUUCCCUACAUCCCCGGUAAUCGCCCCGGUGGUUACCCCUCCCGUCAUUGACCGCACGCCUGAAGGCAAGCCGGUCAGAAAGGGCUACGUCCCUGUAGAGGAAAAAAUACAGAAAGAAUUACAGGAAAUGAAGGACAGGGAACACGAGCUGAAAAAGAUGAGAAAAAAGCAAAAGCCGUAUGACCUAGAGUUGAGUGACAACGAGACAACCUCCGAGUCAGAAGACGAGGAGAUUCCCAUGCCUGGGAAACUGAAGGCGACCAAGUCAAUAGGCGAACUGUAUGAGGCGCUGAACGAGGAGCUGCGGUCGCCCUCACCUAGGAAUAGUUCAGGACAUGACUCCAUUGGUAGCCUGAAGCCCGCUAAGUCGUUGGCGGAGCUGUGUACACUAGCCCCAGGAGAAGAGUUCCUUGCGCCUAGCUCCACGCGACUCAUAGCAAAGUGGGAGUCCCUCAUACAGCAAAAACAAGAGGCUGGCGCCGCUUAGGAUCGUUACAAAUGUUCGAAAAGGCUAACUGGUUCAAAUAUGUUGAUAUGGGCGCGUGACGCCAACUAAACACCGUCGCGUUUCGAGGCAGCUGCCGCAUAGUGAAAAUUAUAUGCAAGGCCGAAAGUGGUACCGUCCGGGUGGCUUCAGUUCGUGCGCGGAUAUUGUUCGGUUCGGUGUAAGAACAGGUGUGAGUGAAGUUAGUAUUCAAAAUCGGCUCGGUGCAGUACACAUGUCGUGUACAGUAAAAUCUCAUAAGUGCGCGUUUGUAGUCUUGAUUUGUUGAUCGAUUUCUUUCCCUGGCAAUCGAUUGUGAAGCAAUUAAUUUUCUCUAGAUAGCGAACAAUGCAAAUGAUGGUUAUCCGUAACAGCAAUUAUCUCGCGCGCUCGCGCACUUGGAAAGCGACCGACACACGAUGCGAACUCGUCUCUGAAGUGUGAGUAACAAGGUUUCUUCCUAUUGUUUCACAUCAAUCUGUGAGCUGAAAAACUUAAUACAUUUUUUCGGCGCGGCGCCGCUUUCCCGUGCACUGCUGUUCUUGUAAAGCCUGCAAGGUGCGCGGGCGCCGACACUCCCGCAUGUUCUUUGUGAAUUGUGAGAAAAUGUAUUGAUCAUAAGAAGUAAGCGAACAACACCUUGAAAUCAGCUCCCAGUAUUGUCGAGAUAUCGCACUCGUUCAUUUAUGAGCCAUUAGACCGAGUUUCCGGUUUAGUUUGUAAGCAUUUAAGUAGUGGCGUCGAUGCAAAGUUUUCACAACACAUCCGAAAUUAUUCAAGUAAUUAAUACAGAGAGUAUUUUACUUAAGAUGGCUUUCGCUUUUAGUUAAAGUAAUAUUCAUUCCGAGCGAGGAACAAUAUGAUUAACUCUUAUCUGUUGCACUUUCGUUUAUUGCAUUCACUAUGCCGCGGCCGCGGCGGCGCGGUUACAUGAUUUAUUCAUCGUUCAAAGAUUAUAGCAUUCUUUCACAUAAUGUUAAGACGUGUGUAGCCCAUAGAGCGGCGCGCGGUGUUCCACUCAGUGCGCCUGCGCAGCCCGCCUCUGGAUAUGAACUAGUCGAAGCUGGACCAUAGUAUAAAGAACAAAGUAGGUUAUCUUCAUACAAAUGCUCCGCGCGCGGCUUAUAUGU